CUUGUCACUGCUGUCGCUCCCUGCCUGUGUGUACGCGCGGUGGACUGGUCCAGCAUCCCUGCGCAGGCAAUGGAGCAAAUAUAGAUGUGCAAAAAAUAUACAUAUAUCUAUCAAUUGAAAAUAUGUAAUCGUGGAAUACUUCUUCGGCGCUGGCAGCUUGCGAUGAGGGAAAGGGGGGGAAUGGGAGAUUGGAAUUUGUGCUGCACCUCUGUGGAGGAUGGAGAUAUGUAUUGUGAGAAGUAAUGCGGAAUAUUUCCCCUCGUAGGUGCUAACAGAGAAAAUACAAGAUGAAGAAGCAAUUCAAUCGGAUGCGACAGCUCGCCAACCAAACGGUGGGAAGAGCAGAAAAAACAGAGGUGUUGAGCGAAGACCUUCUACAGGUGGAGAAACGCCUAGAUCUGGUCAAGCAGGUGUCACACAGCACUCACAAAAAACUGAAUGCCUGCCUGCAGGGUCAGCAGGGGACUGAUAUGGAGAAGAGAUCUGUAAAGUCACCUUCUAAAAAAUUACCGCUUACCAUCCUGGCACAAUGCAUGGAAGAAGGGGCUGCAGUGUUGGGGGAAGACUCUCUCCUGGGAAAAAUGCUGAAGCUCUGUGGGGAGACAGAGGAGAAGCUCGCCCAGGAACUCAUUCAGUUUGAGUACCAGAUAGAGAGAGAUGUGGUGGAGCCUCUUUAUGUCCUUGCGGAGGUGGACAUUCCUAAUAUCCAGAAACAGAGGAAGCACUUAGCUAAACUUGUCCUGGACAUGGACUCAGCACGAACAAGAUAUCAACAGUCAUCCAAGUCAUCCAGUCACCCCAGCACUCUGCAGCCCGGUGCCAAGUCUGAGUCCCUAAGAGAGGAGAUGGAGGAGACAGCCAAUCGGAUGGAGAUUUGCAGAGAUCAGUUGUCAGCAGAUAUGUACAAUUUCAUGGCCAAAGAAAUAGACUAUGCAAACUACUUCCAGACGCUGAUAGAAACGCAGGCAGAAUAUCACAGGAAGUCAUUAGAGAUUCUUCAUAGUGUCCUACCCCAGAUUAAAGCUCACCAAGAGGCGUGGGUGGAGAAGCCGUCGUAUGGCAAGUCCCUGGAGGAACACCUGACUAUAAGUGGGAGAGAGAUUGCCUUCCCCAUCGAAGCCUGUGUCACCAUGUUGCUAGAGUGCGGCAUGCAAGAGGAGGGCCUCUUUAGAGUGGCUCCAUCAGCCUCCAAGCUGAAGAAGCUGAAAGCGUCCCUGGACUGUGGAGUUCUUGAUGUGCAGGAGUACUCCUCCGAUCCACACGCCAUCGCAGGGGCCCUGAAAUCAUACCUUCGUGAGCUCCCAGAUCCACUGAUGACCACUGAACUUUAUGAUGAAUGGAUUCAAGCCUCCAACAUUCAAGACAUGGACAAGAGACUACAGGCGUUGAUGGCAACAUGUGAAAAACUCCCCACAGACAACUUAAACAAUUUCAGAUAUUUGAUCAAAUUCUUAGCCAAGCUGAGUGAGUAUCAGGAUGCUAACAAGAUGUCUCCUGGUAACAUGGCUAUUGUCCUUGGACCAAACUUGCUCUGGACACACAAUGAACCGAACAUGACAGAGAUGAUGACGACCGUGUCCCUACAGAUUGUUGGCAUCAUCGAGCCAAUCAUUCAGCAUGCUGACUGGUUCUUCCCUGGAGAGAUUGAGUUCAACUUGACAGGCAGCUAUGGAAGCCCGAUCCACACCAACCACAACUCCAACUACAGCUCUAUGCCCUCACCAGACAUGGACCAAUCCGAUCGCAAGCAGCAGCACGAUCAGAGUCGACGCCCACUGAGUGUCGCCACUGACAACAUGAUGCUGGAGUUUUACAAGAAAGAUGGCAUUAGGAAGAUACAAAGUAUGGGCGUCAGGGUUAUGGAUACCUCCUGGGUGUCUCGUAAGGGUUCAUCCACCCUGGCGCGUAAGGCUUCCUCCACUCCUCCAGGCAUGCAAGGCCCCGGCUCCCCUGCAGACACACUCAUCCCCGAGCAGCCCGGAGAGCUUGCCAUCUCUCCGUCUGCCACACCUCCACUUGGAGAAAGGGUUUGCUCAGACAACGUGUCGCUCAAUCGGCCGGACACCUCUCAUGCCCACCCGCCCCCAGGGGAGGACCGUCCACCCCCCCCUUACCCCACUUCUAUGUGCCACACUGCCCCCCACCACUUCUAUCCCAAACCCCCGCCCUGCGCUCGCCCUGUGGCACCAGGUCCAGAGUCCCAGCCGCCUGGCUCACCCCCACCCCCAAUGCGCUGGUCUGGCUUCACUCCCCCUGUUCCUCCCCCUUCCUCCUCUUCUUCCUCCUCCUCCUCGUCACUUGACAUCAAUUCGAACCCCAAACCUAGCUGUCUUCACUUCCCCAAACACAGCCCGCCUGGUGACAUGUCGCAUGCCCCCCCACAAGACACUAAUGCUUCGCCCCUCUACGUCAAAACCCCCUUGGUACUAACCCGUCAUGACCAGAGCCUUGGCAACCCCCCUAGCCUCCCUUCAUCCGUGCCCCCGCCCCCGCCGUGGGCUGCCUGCCCCUGUGCCAGAGAGAGAGGACCCCCCAGGCUGACUAGUUCAUUGAAGAGUAAAGAGCUUUCCCCUGUAAUUGGACACAAAGCCAUCCAGGUCGCAGGUCCAACAGUACCCCCCAGCAGUAGCCCUCAAAGCAGCAGCCAGUCUCCCCACUCCACAGAGCACAGUCCACACACCCUGCGCAAAGGUUCCAAGAAGUUGGCUCCCGUGCCUCCUAAGGUCCCAUACGGCCAGUCUGGAGGGAUGUCUGACCAGUCCACAGGUCAGCCGUCACCAGUCAGCCUGUCCCCUACACCUCCUAGCACCCCUUCCCCUUAUGGACUGGCAUGUCCUCCAGGUCAAGUACCACCGUCCUCCCCUGGGCAGACCCCACUGGGUACACCCCACUCUCUUUCGUCCCCGCCUUCCCUGACGGGGACACUCACCAAGUCGCGGCCUGCCCCUAAGCCCAGGCAGAGACCCAGCCUGCCCCCUCCUCAGCCACCCAUAGCCCCUCCGGGGCUAACUGGCCCACCUGUGGCCCCAGUCCCUCAGCCCAUGGAGCAGGGCCUCCUGGAUGGACUGUCUCCUGGGGAGAGCAUGUCUACAGAUAUCUUCAAUUAUGAAAUCCCUUCCAUCAAUGUCAAUCUGGACAGCCUCAUCGAUGAGUUCAGCGGUGCCCCCUGCAGGAGGUCCAUGGCAGUGACAGAUCCAGAGGGGGAUGGUGUGCCUGAGGAGGAUCCCCAGAGCACCACUCUAUGACCUAUCACCCAUAGGCAUCAUUUCCAGAACCCCUAUGGCUGUACAUACUCUUUAACUGUCUCCGCCAAGGCCCGAUGGAAAAACACUGGCCGCACCAUUGCCAACCAGAAAAUGAACCCUCCCUCACAUCUGCUACAGGCUGCAAACAAACUGAACUUUUCCAACUGCUUGCUAGUAAAUUAGUGUGACUACAACUACCAAAAGAAAAAAGAAAAAAAAAACACACCAAAAUGCCAUAGUGGAGGAACAGUUGCCUUUAGGAGGAAAGACUGGAAUUUAGAUGAGUAUUGCAUUAAAAAGAUUUUUUUUUCUAAUUUCUUUUUAUAGCUUUGCUUUGUCGUUUAAUGCAGUGGUCUGUAUUUCUGUGUUUUCAAGUUUCUUUUUGCCUUAUUAGAACAUGCAAUCAAAUUGCAAUAUGAUAUUUGCAAGUUGUACAAUAUUUGGUUAGGGAAACUCAGAGCCUGACAUGGUUUGGAGCAAAGCCCAUCCUCAGGGUGAAACGGAAACACGGAGCGAGAGCGUAGUCGGAUUUUAUUGCUCACAGGGUAUUCAAGCUUUGUGCACAUUAGGAAUAUGCGGAGCCCCAGAGACAGGCUUUGCAUGCCAGAGUAACAUUUAACGUUGUUUUUCUUAGUGCCACUCCCCAUUUUAAAUUCCCCUCUUCUGUCGCAAGUACAGCUACAGUGCUCUGUCUGAAAUUUACCUUUAGGUGAACUCACUUUAACUCACUUUAUACCAGCACAGUAAGAGAAGAAUGUUAUUAUGAUUCAAGUUUUUGUACUUCUUGCAUCCAUUAUUUAUUUAGAAAGCACCACGACGUGUUUGCAUGACAAGCCAAUAUCGAUCGACCUGCUUCUUACCAAGGGCCUGAGAAUGGCAGUGCUUUAUUUUGUGCGAGUGUUACUGUUGUUGUUCACACCGAAAAGUAACUUUAGUUCCCACCCCAGUGCUGUAACAGUGAGUGAUAACGGAUGGAUGACUACACUGCCUUUAGGUUCGUAUGUCUUUCUCUUUUAACUUUGUUUCAAGUGCUUCAGGUUCAGUGACCUUUGACCCCUUGUGUAAAUACAAAGACUGUACAUAAACUGAUGUAUAUAAGCUGAGAGGAAAACUAUAUGUAAAAUGCAUAUCUCGAAUAUAUAAUAAUGAUAUAUGUGCUGAUAUUUAUUGUGUAGAAAAUGUAAUGAUUAAAAAUUUGAUGUUAUUUUUGUCCCGACACACAAUGAACAGGUUUACUGUAGAGUCAUAAUUUUUUCACUUUAACACCAGGUAACUAUGAUGCUGCAGCAGAAAUGCAGAAUGUUUUUUUCUGCUUAAAGAAAAAAAAAUCAAAUGUGGUCUUUCUAAUUCUUCCUCUUAAGCUUUGACUUCAGGCAUGCUAAAGGCCGAAGGAGUUGCACACAGAUGCCAUCUUCUCUUCUUUUUUGUUCGAGUAAAUGAUUUGUUUGCACGGGCCAUCUAAUGAAUUCAUAAUGAGGACACAUUUAUCGCCUAAACUGCUGUUGUUAGUAGUAAAAUUGGCGCACGUUUAAAUUUGAAAUAAUUGCCCUUUGCUGUUAUUUUCAGACAAUUAAUGAUACAAAUUUAUCAUGUAACAGAUGCUGCAGUGGUAGUAUAAUUUCCUUCAAAGAUUCCGAGGACAAUAACGUUGUCAGUUAAAGUGCAAUUACAGUGUUUACUCAUCCAUGAGAGUCCAAAAAGUGGUCAAAGUCACCUUUCCCGAACCUGCAGAAAUAAGCCAUUAAUUUCAUUUGAAAGCCUUUUUGAUUAUAAUUAUUAUUAUUUUAUGUGUGAAUUAAUCUCUGCCAAAAUUAAUUAUAGAUUAUUCUCGCUCCAGAAGUAAUCAACUGUAUGCCUCAGUGUGUGUUCUCAAUGGACUUUGUUUAUGAAGAUUUUAGUGAUGUUGAUUAUAUUGAUAGUUGUGGUAAUUGUAUGACAAUUGCAAGUGCCCUCACACCGGUUGUUAUUUUGGAACUAUAGACAUAAUUAAUGUGUGCUAGAGGAUUUAAUUUUCUGUGCUGGAUCCAUACAUUUAUACAAGGAGGCAGGUUUGUUUCUGAAUGUGACUGACUCAGAUCUCAUAUAGCAGGCUACCUGAUUUUGUAAUACCUAACAGGACAAGUAAGAGUUAGCAUUGGACAGAAGGUUGAUUAGGGCCUUAUGGCAUGUAUUGUUACCAGUACGGAGCAGCAUAAAUGUAACGUUUUUGUGAAUCAUUACUGGAACUUGGAACCACUUAAAAGCAUGCAUAUAUAGGUGUAAUUAUUAUGUUGCCAAACAAGAGAAAAAAUCUGUACCCUUCCCCAUAACACUAAUCAUAAUUGUUUAAAAGAAAUAUUACGACAGUAAAUUAACAGCAGAUUUCAAGUGCAUAUCCAUCGGUUGCAACAAAGUUGCAUAGGUUUAUCAUUUAACUUAAGUUGGCCUAUAUUUCCUAACUCACCUCAUCAUCAAGUAUGUUGAAAAAGUAAAGCCCAGUUUGUUUGCAUUUUUUUGUGUGUGUGCAUGUGUGUGCGUGCGUGCAUGGGU